AUGGCGACCCCACAGGCAGAUGAAGCCUAUGAGCAAAAGAAUGUGCAUGAGGUUUAUCAGCAGAUUGCCCAGCAUUUCUCCGCUACCCGGUACAAGCCAUGGCCUAUAGUCGAACAAUUUCUACAGGGUCUGGCGCCCGGUUCAGUGGGUCUAGAUGUAGGAUGUGGUAAUGGCAAAAACUUGAUGGUCAAUCGCGAUGUAUUUAUCGUUGCUUCGGAUAGAUCUGAAAACCUGGCUCGCAUAGCCCUUCAGCACCAGCCGCAUUCGACCGUGGUAGCCGACAUUCUCGACCUCCCCCAUCGGGACGCAAGCUUUGACUUUGCAAUCUCGAUCGCGGUCGUGCACCAUCUUUCCACCCCGGCUCGGCGCAUUCAGGCAGUCGCUGAGAUUCUGCGGACCGUCAAAGUUGGUUCAAAGACGCAUGAGGGUGGUAAGAUCCUGAUCUAUGCCUGGGCCCUUGAACAGAAGAACAGCCGCAGAGGUUGGGACAAGGGUGAUGAGCAGGAUCGAAUGGUCCCCUGGGUUCGCAAGGGUGACCAGCCCCAGACCUUCCACCGCUACUACCACCUGUACGAGGAAGGCGAGCUAGAGCGGGACAUCGACAACGCCGGCGGUCGUGUGCUGGAAGCGGGGUACGAGAAAGACAAUUGGUGGGCGAUCGCGACGCCCAAGACGGCUGACGUUUGA